AUGGGCAUAUCUGGCCUCGUCUGGUAUGAUACACGCAGGUCUGCUCCGUUCCAAAUUGCUGAUGAUUCACUUCAUUUUAGUUCUGCGAAAGAUAGACUUGCGAAUCAAGCAGUCGCGAUUAAGAAGCUGUGCGACCCUUUCAAGACAGAAAACAUUGCGAAGCAUAUGUUUCGCGAGGUUAGGUUACUUAAACAACUUCGACAUGGGAAUAUCAUUCAUUUGAACGACGUCUUUAUCUCACCGUCUGAAAACAUCUAUCUCGUGACGGAUCUCAUGACGACGGAUCUUCACACUCUUUUGAAGGCGAAGAAGCUCGACGAUCGAUUUACUCAGUAUUUUCUCUACCAGAUAAUGCGUGGACUCAAAUACAUACAUUCAGCGGGCGUCGUGCACCGCGACCUGAAACCGAGCAACAUCCUGAUAAACGAGAACUGCGACCUGAAAAUCUGCGAUUUCGGCUUGGCGCGUGUCAAAGAAGCCCAGAUGACCGGCUAUGUCACAUCCAGAUACUACAGAGCUCCAGAGAUUAUGCUCACCUGGAAACGGUAUAGCGAAAAGGUCGAUAUCUGGAGCGCGGGCUGUAUUUUUGCCGAGAUGAUCCUCGCUCGACCUCUGUUCCCCGGAAAGGAUCAUAUUGAUCAGUUCUGUGUGAUUACGCAACUUGUAGGAAGCCCGCCUGAAGAAAUGGUUGCGAAUGUGGCAAAUCAAAAUACAUUGAGCUUUAUCCGCUCCCUGCCAAAGCAGACGAGGAAGCCGCUCACAACGAGCAUCCCAAGCGCCGACGGGAAGGCUAUUCCUUUAUUAGAGAAGAUGCUCCAGAUUGACCCGGAGACGCGCUGCUCUGCAGAAGAGGCUCUCAAGGAGCAGUACCUUGCACCAUACCAUGACCCCUCCGAUGAACCCGUAGCAAAAGAGGGAUUCGACUGGGGCUUCCUCGACGCAGAUCUCCCAGCUGACGUUUGGAAGACGGUCAUGUAUUUAGAGGUUCUGGGAUAUCACGAGUCAGUGGUCAACAGUGAUGACAUCUUAUCAUGA